GCACUGUCAGUCCAGUUGUGCGCUCUCGCUGGAGAGGAGGCUUUUUUUGUUGGGAAGUUUCAGUGAGUGAGUCAACACGGCACACAGGGAGGACGCCACCCAGCCCCGCCGCUGAAUCCAAAGCUGGGCUUCUCUCCACUCCUCCGAGGACGCAGGACACACAAAGACAACUUCACAUCGACCUCUUCACAACAACUGUGGAUUUAGUUUUUUUUUUUUUUAGCCUUCGCACACCGGGGAUGGUUAUUGUCUUUUUGACGCGGGGUUUUCCUCAUUGGAAUUAACGCAGCGGAAGGUGAAAUGAAAGUGACGGUGUGUUUCGGGAGGACCCGGGUGGUCGUUCCGUGCGGCGAUGGGAAUAUACAAGUCCACAGCCUUAUCGAACAAGCUGCCAUGAGGUAUAAGAAGGCAAUCGCAAAGGACCCCAGCUACUGGGUCCAGGUCCACAGGUUGGAACAUGGAGACGGAGGUAUUUUGGACCUGGAUGACAUGCUGUGCGAUGUGGUGGAUGACAAAGAUAGGCUGGUAGCAGUAUAUGAAGAGCAGGAUCCUCACAAUGGAGGGGACGGUACCAGUGCCAGCUCCACCGGUACGCAGAGUCCCGAACCCUUCACCGGUGACAUGAGUUCAGCGUCGGCCUUUCAGCCCUACCAGGCCAACAGUGAGAUCGAGGUCACCUCGUCCGCUCUGCGAUCCAACAUGCCUCUCCAUGUCCGUCGCACCAGUGAUCCCUCCCUGGCCGGCCUUCCUAUGGGGGAAAUCCCGGGUGGUCCAGAGGAACCGUCCAGAAAGAACCCAACCCGCUGGUCCACAACUGUUGGCUUCCAAAAGCAGAAGCACAAACCAAACACAAGCGCUGGCACUGGCAGCCUGGAACGAAAGGGUAGGGGAGGCCAGGCCUAUCGGAGUCUUCCACGUGAUGCGAGUGGCUGGGCCACUCAGUUUCAGAGGGAAAUGACUCGAUCUUCCCUGAGCGCCAACCAUCCAAUGGUGGACCGAUGGCUUGACAGACAGGAACAGGAGGAGGAGGAAGAAGAGCGAAGGAGACAAGAAAGGAGGAUUGAAAGGAUUGAGCCAAUAGGGAGGGCCGAUUCCUCAUUGGACUAUUCUCCUGUGUUGAGUCUAGAAUCCCUGCUCAAGCCAGUAGAGGUGUCCAAUGGAGGAGGGCCCCUCGGGAUCCACGUAGUGCCUCUCAGUUCACAGGAUGUCAGGACUCAGGGCUUGCUGGUGAAGCGACUGGAGCGUGGGGGCAAAGCCGAGCAGGAGCGUCUCUUCCAGGAGAACGACUGUAUUGUCAAAAUUAAUCAGGGAGACAUUCGCCACCUGCGCUUCGAACAAGCCCAAAACAUUUUCAAGCAGGCGAUGCGUGGGCCCGUCAUCCUUUUUCACGUGGUCCCCGCAGCCAUGAAGAGACAGUACGAGCUGCUGUCGGCCCAGAGCGAGCUCAGCCCGCCCCAGUCCAACAGAGUCCGUUUUCGCCAAGACUUUCAGCAGUCGGGGGACAGGUCCAGUUUGGUGGGGGGGCUGACUCCCAGAGCUGGACCACAACCAGGCCUCAACCAAGAUAACCAAGGACCCCUGGCAGGAAGCACCCCAGAGCUGAGCCGACGGUACACCACGUUACCCCACACCGUGGUCUCCAGGACCUCUGCAGCCCCCUCCACCUCCCCCUCCCUGCAGCGCAGGGUAAGCACAAAUCCGUCCACCAGCUCCUACCUAAAGAACAAAGGACGCAGAUUCAACAUCCAGCUGAAGAAAGGUCCAGAGGGUCUUGGGUUCAGCAUCACAUCCAGAGACGUCCCCAUUGGUGGCAGUGCUCCCAUUUAUGUCAAAAACAUCCUUCCUCGAGGGGCCGCCAUCCAAGAUGGCCGAUUGAAAGCUGGAGACCAGUUGCUGGAGGUUAGUGGAGUGGACCUGAAUGGUAAGAGCCAGGAAGAGGUGGUGGCCCUGCUCCGAGCCACGCCCAUGGGUGGGAAUGUGAACCUGUCGGUGAUUCGCCCAGAGGACUCCCUGCUGCCCCGAGAAGUGCAGCCAGAAGAAGAUGACAUGGUGUUAACCGCUGACGGAACACAAGAGUUCCUGACCUUUGAGAUCCCUCUGAACGACUCAGGCUCAGCAGGCCUGGGGGUUAGCGUCAAGGGGAACCGCUCCAAGGAGAACCACGCUGACUUGGGCAUCUUUGUGAAAUCCAUUAUUAAUGGAGGUGCUGCUAGCAAGGAUGGCCGUCUACGAGUCAACGACCAGCUCAUUGCAGUCAAUGGGGAGUCAUUGCAUGGGAUGACCAACCAGGACGCCAUGGAAACGCUGCGCAAAUCCAUGUCGGUAGAGGGCAACAAGCGAGGGAUGAUUCAGCUCAUCGUGGCUCGGCAGGUGUCCAAAAACAAUGAGGUAGCCCCCUGCAGCCCUCCGGUCUUAGAGCGUCCCGUGAACUCUCUACUGGACAACCAGGAGCGCCGGAUUUCCAACUCUCUGUACGAUUCCAUUGAAGGCUUCCACAGCAACUCCCCACCGCUGGCUAAUAUGAUCGGACGCAUUGGUAACUACCAGCUCUCUCCCACUGUGAACAUGCCGCAGGACGACAUAGUGAUGAUCGAAGACGAUAGGCCGCCCCUGCUUCCUGCCCACCUUUCCGACCAAUCAUCCUCCAGUUCCCACGAUGACAUGGGCUUCGUGGGAGAAUACCCGGUGCCCUGGAUCCACGAGCUGCCCGGUCAGAAUGAAUGCUCGCUCAGUCCAGACGCGGACCCUGACGGUUCGUUCCUGAGGGAGGGCUUCGGCCGCCAGAGUAUGUCAGAAAAACGCACCAAACAAUAUGAAAAUGCUAAUGAUCUGGAAAUCAUCAAGGCGCGGAAGUCCAAGAGCAUGGAUCUAGUAGCAGAUGAGAUUAACUGCAGUACAAGAACCAAUGGAGGUUCUGCAGAAGUCGGACCCUCGCUGGGCCUGAAAAAGUCCAGCUCCCUUGAAAGCCUCCAGACGGCUGUUGCCGAGGCGUCUCUGAACGGUGAGAUCAACGUUAACCGGACGCGCUCGCGGAUCGCCAGGGGCCGCGGCUGCAACGAGAGCUUCCGAGCUGCAAUUGACAAAUCAUAUGAGAAACCUGGUGUCACAACAGCAGAAGAAGAGAACAGCAUGGAGACAUUGGACGAGGACACGGAGGGAAGUUCCAGAUCAGGUCGCGAGUCGAUGUCCACCAGCGGCGACCUCAGUGUGGGACCCGGGCUGAACGGCAACCUCUCCAAAGAUGACAGGCAGAAAGAUCGGGACAAGAUUGGGGGGAAGGAAAAGAAGAAACCUGAAAGGGAUAAAGAGAAGGAGAAAGACAAGGACAAGAACAAAGCCAAGAAAGGCGUGCUGAAGGGCCUGGGCGAGAUGUUCAGGUUUGGAAAGCACCGGAGGGAUGAGCGACCAGGAGACAGGAUGGAGAGAAAGGGCUCCAGUAAAUCUAAAGCUGAGGACAUGCAGGCGUCAGAGGAGGAGACCUUGCGGAUGAGGCUGGAACAAGAGAGAAUACAGGCCAAGAUGCGGGAGAUUCGGGAAAAGCAGGCUAAGGAGAGGGAAUAUGCUGAGAUCCAAGACAUUGUCGGUGGUGCCUUCAGCUCAGAUGAGGAGCACACCUACGCCGGCAUCGGAUCAUUAGACUCGUCGGUGGACAGCAGCAGCAUGGAGCCUCACAACCACCACUACCAUCUCGUCCAGAGUCCCCAGAGCCCUCCCCUUCCCUUGAACCCACAGAACAACGGUCCACCCCUGGAGGCUGUGUACGCCCAGGUCAACAAGCCACGCAAUGGACGCCCUGCAGCUCCAGACAGCAGUCAGAUGGCUCCCAGUAACCACGACCGGAUACAAAGGCUGAGGAAUGAGUUCCAGCAGGCCAGGCAUGAGGAUGACGUUGAUGACCGUAGGCACACCUACAGCUUCAACCAGUCCUGGGUAAGCAAUGGGACGGAGAUGCUGAGCGGACGCCAUUCAGUAACAGUCGAGACGCAGGUCCAAAAACAGCAGCAAGAGGAUCGAGAUGGUUUCCAACCAGCACAGAGACAGUACAACUCCCUGCCACGGCAACCUCGUAAGACUCCCAGCACGGUGUCCCAGGACUCACGGGACAAGGUGUACAUGCCAGCAGAUGGAUUCCAGACAUCAAAGGAGAACCCUGGCUACUCCAGCAGCCAGGGGUCACGUAACGGCUACCUUGGAACGUCCAACUUCAAUGCCCGUGUCCUCUUAGAGACUCAGGAGUUGCUAAGGCAGGAGCAGAGACGCAAAGAGCAGGAGGCCAACAAGGCCAGGCCACCUCCCGCACAGGAAACCCCCAGCGGCAGCACCUACGACCACAACAGAGAGCACCCGCAGGCCCCAGGCUCUGCCCCGGUUCAGGCCCCACCUCAGUCCAAGGGCCCCUACAGACAAGAUGUACCCCCGUCGCCUUCUCAGCUCGCUAAGCUCAGCAGGCUUCAGGGAUCAGAGAAAGGGAGGCUGUUUUACUCCUGAGACAGUGACAAGGGAUUAGAAAACUUUUGGAAGAUCAGGACUGAUUCUAAGGAGCAUUAACAUGUACAAAAUAAGUCUGGGCAAUAAGUCUGUGUUUUUUUUUAAUGAAAUGUUGAGAAACAAAGAUUUUUAUAGGACUGUUAAUAGAAAAUGUUAAUAUUUAAAGAAAAAAAAGGUUUUUUUUAAUGAUAUAAACCAUUAGCUUUCAAAAAGAAAUGAUUUUAGAUGUUUUACUGUCCAGAAUCGUGAUCAUCUAACUAUGUGUAUAAGUGCCUUCUGGUCCAUCGAUUGUAGACAUCAGCCCAAUUGGUUUUUUUGGCUCAUGAUCUGCAGCUUUGACCCAUCCAUCUGAGACAUUUACUAGAGCAGAUGUCACUGCAGAAGGCAAUUGGUUUGGGCCAUCACUGCAUCGCCACAUCUACCCCCCCAUAACCCCGAGCACAAGCAACACAUUCUCACUCCCAUCGUGUCAAAAAUCGACGCUUGAUCAGGUGCCUUUGGUGUUUGUUAUUGACGCAAAAAGUGUCCGUUAGAGUCAUAUUUAGACACGCUUGGUAGGGACUCUUGGCGUAACUUUUUGGCGCUCUGGGUCGGGACUCUUGGCGUCACUAUUUGACGCUCUCGGGACUCGCGUCUAGCCCUUUGGCGUCAUAUUUAGACGUGCCUGGGGACUAUGCGGUUUAACUGACAUGUGGCACAAGAACGGGACAGUUAGGUUUAGGAAAAGAUUGUGGGUGGAGUUACAAAAUGAAUGUUUCAGUGACAUGAGGGAUAUAAACAGGACAUGAACCCCGGUCUCUCGGGUAAAGGUCCUGUGUUGUUUGACCCAUCCACCAACCCAACUAACAUCCUUACGCGUAUUUUUGGUCUUUUCAUACCGUUGUCGCUCUUAAUACUACGUCAUCUUUUAGCGCCGAGGUCAAGCUGCUUAUGCUCGAUGCGUUCUAUUCAGACGCCAUAGGGUGAUUUUUGCGUCGGUAUCUGACUGAUCAAGCGUCAGUAUUUUAGGAGUUGGGAGUGAGAAGGGGAUGGCACUAGGCAUGUUUUUCUACCACUCGGGUGCUGGCGAGGUCUCAGUCGACACCACGCUUGUGUGAAUGAGGCUUAUUUUGGCUGUUCAUGGGGACACCCCCACCUCCCCAGUUCAGGCAGGGAAAUGUCCCCUUCGGUUUUAGAUACAUACAACACUAACCCAGAGUAGAUCCUCCUUCCAACCCCCUCUUGUAUUCAAUAUGAUAAUCCUGAAGAAAGAAUUCUCUCUGCCUCUGCCGGCAGCGUUAUCCCUGUUUUUUCUUUUCACAUUGUCCAUCCUCACCACACAGCCCUCUCGGUGGAGGAAAACAGCUUCAGAUCUUCUUUAUUCCUACCCAGCAGUAUAAAUGGGGUCGGGCUUGGGUUAUUAAUUAAUGUACCUCAUUAAAAGGGAAUGGGCCCCUUUGUGUGUGUGUGUGUGUGUGUGUGUGUGUGUGUGUGUGUGUGUGUGUGUGUGUGUGUGUGUGUGUGUGUUGUCAUGUAUGGCGAGAAGGAAGAAACAGUGACCCUGCCAGCGUAGCUGUGGCCCCGUCCUCGCCUGCUGUAGAAUGAUUUGGCUGUAACCGAAGCCCGCUGGCCCCUAGGUGUCUGAGUUGUUACUCCCUGAAUAUUUCAUCAGGGUGGUUAUCAAACCGCAUCAGUUCUGCAGUAGACGGCCUCAGUGUGGGACUGGCUCGCCAUGGGCUCGAUACAAUGGAGCUGAUUUUGUUUUCUUUUCAUGAUCAUGUACCAUUGGUAGAAACACACUCGGGAGCCUUUCCGUCAUUCAAUCAAUAAUUACUGGUGCAUUUUCAGUGUGUUUGAGAGUGUAUAUGUAUGACACUGUGUGUGUGUGUGUGUGUGUGUGUGUGUGUGUGUGUGUGUGUGUGUGUUAGUGUGUGUAUGUGUGUGUGUGUGUGUGUGUGUGUUACCAUCCCAUACCAUGAAAUCACUGGAGAAAUCCAACCUUUAGCUGGUUUCUUACAGUAAGUGCGUGUAAACACACUGCUUUUUGGAAAUAGUGCAGGAAGCUACAAACUAUGCAAUGCCAUAUUUGAUUUUUUUUAAAUUACACAUUUAUGUUCAGGUCUAUGUCCCAUUAAUAAACAUCAGAUAUGCAUUUGUCUAUCCAAACCGGGUAUUUACACAGCCCUUGGUUUAGGAUUAAGACCAGAAUCAGGAUCAAGAUCAUGGUUUCUGUUAGGCAUGCAGCGGUUAGAGUAGGAGUUAUUUAAUUAUUGCAUUUGAGGUUGCAAAAAGUGUGUUCUCACAAAUAAAAGGGUACGUAAAAUACAGUCUAGCAAUGUUCUAGUGUGUGUGUGUGAGUGUAGGUGGACAUGUGUUUAAGCGUCUGUGAAUGCUGCCAGUAACUGGAUGCUCCAAUAUGUCUAUGAAUAUGUCUUGGCAGCCAUAUGAACCACUUGGCUGCCAAUGGCAUAAGAGCAGAGGAGUAGGAGGGAGAGAAGAUGGGAGGCCUGACCCUGCAGAUGAUUCAGUCAAUGGAGUAAUCACAACUAUUCCUCUGAGUCGGCAGCACAAACACGAGGUUACCCACAAGGCUGUGCUCCUUUUUGCUGUCUCUUUUUCUCUUCAUUUAUCCCCUUCAUCUGUCAGUUUGUUUGGUUUCUCUGGGGCAGAAUUCUAAUGGGUCUUGUUUGUAUGGGGGGGGUGUGUGAAAGGGGUCCUAUUCUGACACAGACGCUGUUUAAAAUGAUAUUCCCAUGUUUUAUGUGUCUCCAUUGUGAACUGGGGAGGGGUUCAAGUGCCUGCAAUAUCUAAUGAGUUUUUUUUUCUCCUCAUAUGCAAAUUUGAUAAUAUCCCAUAAUGCAUGUUUAUUAUUUCUGUUGUGUAAUUAAUGUUUGUGCGCCCCCUCUGUGCCACGUGGAUUCUUCCCAUAAAUCUAUUGUUUCAGGGGAUUUUGUUUUUUUAAUCCUGGGAGAAAUUAGAUAUAUAUUGUUAUUGUUUCAUUGUGUUUUUAUGACCAUCCCUCAUUGUAUUUUAUUAUCCACAAUAUGGUAGUAUGGUGGUAAAAAAAAAUGACGAAUAUGUAAGCACAGUGCAAUUUUCCUUUUUACAACAGUGUAUCAUUAAGAGCGGUUUCUGCCAUUCUCUGUAUAUACAAUAUAAACUUUUUUUCAGUGAAUAAAUUGAGGGUGGAUUCAAAUUCUUGUAACAAUAAUUGUAACAAUAAUUCCCCUCAAUUGUGCUGCUUUAACAUUCACAAAUGGUUUCUG